CUUUCAGUCUUUUAGCAAUAAAGAAAUUCUUUAUUUCAGCUCCUGUGAUGCUGGACCCCAACACUGCAAGUGCCAAUCUCUCUCUCUCUGAUGAUCUGACCACUGUGAGACUCACAGAUACAGCACAGAACUGUCCUGACAACCCAGAGAGGUUUUACCCCUGUGUGGACGUGCUGGGAUCUGAGGGGUUUACCUCAGGGAAGCACAGCUGGGAGGUGAAGGUUGGGAGUAAAACUGCUUGGACUAUAGGAGUGGUGAAAGAGUCCAUCAUUAGGAAGGGAAGUAUAACACUGAACACAGAGAAUGGAUUCUGGGUCUUUUCCCUGUGGAAUGGUGAUGAGUACCAAGCAGGAGGUACUGUGCUCACACUGGAGAGGAAACCACAGAGCAUCAGAGUGCAGCUGGACUAUGACGGGGGGGAGGUGUCCUUCUUUGACUCCAGUGACAUGGCCCACAUUCACACUUUGGAAGACACGUUUACUGAGAGAUUGUUCCCAUACUUCUCUCCUCAUGUGAAAGAUGGUGGUUGGAAUGACGCCCCCCUGCAAAUAUGUCCAGGAAAGGUUUCUGUAACAGUGACAUCAUCCCAGUGAAGCAGUUUGCUAAAAAAAGAAAAGAAAAAUGAAGAAACAAGAGAUGUUGUACUUGUAAGGAAUCUGGGUUUUUUCUAAUCCGCCUCAGCAUGCCUGGUUGUUGACAUGAAUUGUGA